AUGCCGCCAGGGAGGGAUCUCAACGGAAGAAAUGCUCCCACUCGAGGUCCAACAAGAUUUAGUCGAACAGGAGGCAUGCCAGAACCGAGAAGAAUCGGCUCUGGGGCUGUUGCCACACCUCGAGGGACCCCAAAUACCUCCACAAGACCAGUCCAGGCGGGACCGGCUUCGUCCCCGAACGCUUCACGGGUUUUUAACAUAAACCGAAAUGUCCAAGGUGAAAGUAGCCGUUCGGGUGCACAGGGUGCCGCUCCGGCGGGAAGGCCUGCUGCUGGGAAAGUCCCUUUUCAAAUGCCUGUACAUGGACAAGGGAGAGGGAAAGGGGGUAAGGGGUUGGGAAAAUCAGGGGCUAAGAGACACAGAAAAAUUCUCAGAGAUAAUAUUCAGGGAAUCACAAGGCCAGCUAUUCGACGUAUCGCCCGUCGUGGAGGGGUGAAGAGAAUCAGUGCUUCGAUCUAUGAGGAAAUCCGAGCCGUCAUCAAAACCUAUUUGGAAACGAUACUAAAGAGCUGCGUAGCAUACACGGAGCAUGCUAGGAGGAAAACUGUCACAACCACUGACGUUGUCCAUGCGUUGAAGAUAAAAGGAAGAACUAUUUACGGCUUUGACGAUCCUUCAGCGACUAAGAGUGGGAAGUCGAAAAAAAAGUUAGCAAAUUUCAUCGCUCGCAGGUAA